ACACUGGAAAAAAUGGAUUCCUGUAAGUGAUGAAAAAUUAAUAAUCUCAUCCAGGGAUUCCGCUGGUAUGAUAUUAGCCGCAAUAGUACACAGCUGUUUAGAUCAAUCCAAGCUCUGCAAUAAAGGCAAUGAAGGUUUGAAGACCUGUUUGAUGUAAUCUCUCAGUCAAAAUGAAGUGGUUUGUCUGUAUCUGGCUGUGUGUGUUUCUCACCUUGAACAUACUGACUGAAGCCAGGGUGAUCCAAGAAUCAGACGUUGAACGUGUGCAAAAGCGAAGCCUUCCCUACUGGAAUUAUUCUGCCAACGAUUUCUGGCAUUACGUGGAGUAUUUCCGAAGCAUUGGAGCCUACGACAGAAUCCAGGAGAUGGCACACACUUUCUACGCCCACUUCCCCAUCGAGGAAACCCUGGGCUACGAGGCUCCAGACCCUCCCCAAACCCCGGAAAAACCCGUGAAAAAACCAGGGAAGAAGCCGGAGGAAAAAAAGCCGGUGGAGGAAAAGCCGGUGGAGGAAAAGCCGGUGGAAAAUGAGUAGGGGUGGGGUGGGAAAAAAAAACAAGACUUCCCCCCCCAAACAGAAAAGAAUAGCCAAUUACGCAAAGGAAAGUUACAUCGACUCAACCCGUUAACGAGUAGAAAUACAAUAAAUUGCAUCGGUAAAGGAAUUGUAGAUCUCUGUCCCGUUUUGCUUCCCUGUCGCCUUUGUGUAGCAACAUUAUUUUAUCAGUCGCCGCGCGCGUUCAAUGAUCAAAUAAGUCUGUUUUUGAAUGUCUGAAAAGAGUUUGAAAUGAAAGAAAAAAAAGAUGUUUUCGCAACGCUUGUAAUUUACCAAAUAGUAUUUUAAGGAUCGGUUUCGAUUAACCAAAUAUUGGCUCAGCAGAUUUGUAAUUUAAUGUUCUUUUCCCUCCAUCCCUCCCUCCCUCCUUCCCUCCCUCCCCAGAAAAAAAUAUUAAAAACACUACAGCAUUUUUGUCUUCAA